CUCGAGCCAGAUCCAAAGGCUAUCGGAAAACAUCGUGGUUUUGGCUAUAUUGACUUCAAGUUUGAGCAGGCGGCCAUUGAUGCUGUAUCAAGCAUGAAUCUCUUCCAGCUUGCUGGCCAGCAGUUACGCGUAUGUCGUGCUCUAUUGCCUCGUGGUUGUCCUCUACCCGGAUCCCCAGCUGCCCUUUUGGCAGCUACAUGUGGCUCUGGAUCUCCCAGUGGGGUGGUUGCCGAGCCAACUGCUGCAUCCCGCUCUGGCCUUGCAGCUUGUCUGGCUGCAGUGGCCGCCGCCAAUGCCACUAUUUCUGGCUCUGUGGGUGGUGUUGCUGCACAGCUAGCCGCCAAAGCCAGUGGACCUGGCAGUGGACUCACCGCCAUUGGAUCUGCAGUAGUAGCGGCCGGGGGAGGAGCCGCCAAUCUCACACUAAAUGGCCUUUCGGGCUUAUCGUCUACUCCCUCACCCUCAGUCACUACUGGCUUUUCAAGCUCCUCUCCUGCUGUGGCUCUUCCACCUCCUGGUAUAUUUAUUCCUACCGUCAGUUCUCUCAGCACUCUACCCUCUCUUGCUUCUGCCAUUGUUGAUUCAUUAAUUUAUGAGCCUUCUACUCCUACGGUAUCGGCAGAUCAGAGUCCACUGGCUUCUAUUCCUCCACACCUUACUCAAGCUCAAAUGGAAGGGUCUCCCUCCGGAACACAAGAAGGAGUCCCUACUAGCCCAGGGGAACUGCUCCAUGGUAAAGCUCUUUUUCUUUAA